AUGAUGCUGGCUCGACGACUUCAGCAGCUUCGCACUGGUGACACGGAGGAUUGGAGCGAUUUUAACAGCGAGCUUCGCAACAUUUCGAGGGAGAACGAACUGGAGGGCGACAUGCCCGACACUAAACUCCUGAAGGAUCUGGGCUAUGGGUCGCUGGUGAUGGCCAUUCGCAAGAAACACGGAGGCAUGGUGGCUGUGGCGGCCAAAAUGGGCACGCGCAAGGACGACCACGUCUUCGACGUGCACAAGAAGACGAGCGCUCGCGCCAAGCGCCGCCAGAAACGACAGGAGCGGAUCAACAUGCACGAUUUCUAUUGA